AUGGACCCCAGUCGCCGGAACAUGAUCAACAAUCCGGGCCCAUCGAGGGGGCGCGAUGGUACGUCGCCGAGAUACGACUCACACAAUCGCGUAUCGAAACCACCCCGACCUGCGCCGUCCCAAUCCGCAAGCAAGAUUGCCGCGAGCUACGUAUCGAGCGAAGAGCAGGCGCGUCAAUUUGUCGCUGACGAAGACAUAUUUGUCUUGCGUCAGUCGAAAAAGAAGGCCGACAUUCGCGUUCGUGAGAACAGAGCAAAGCCAAUCGACUAUUUGGCGUUCAGCCUUCGGUACAUUGACGAGGAGCGCGACGUCUUCGACGACCAAGAAGGCGACGAUGAUAUAGACGUACCCGAGCCAGCCGAAGUUGUGCAAAAGCUUGAUCUACACGGACUGAAGGAGCUGGAAACCGACAUAAAGAACUACCACGUGCUAGAGACAGAUUCUCGAAAUAGGGAAUACUGGGAGGCUUUGCGUUCGCUGUGCAAGUCGCAGAAGGCAAAGCUUGACCCCUCCAGGCACGAUAGGCGUGUUGUCAGCAGUGUGGAUGACGAUAUCAACAAGAUUCUUGCACCAAAGACAUACGAGCAGCUAGGCGCCCUGGAGAAGCAAAUAAAGGCGAAGCUGCGAUCCGACGAAGAUAUUGAUAUAGACUAUUGGGAGCAGCUCCUGCAAAGCUUGCUCGUUUGGAAGGCCAAAGCUGUCCUAGCACGAACUGUUGAGAAAAUCACAAAGAAGAAACUUGAGCGGCAGGGCCAGCCUUCUGGCAAAAUGAGCAGCAAUACGAGAGCGGCUUCAGCACAAACACAAGCACUGUCCAGAACAACGCCGAACGUGCCACCUUCAGAACCAAGCGGUAAUGACGAUGCCUCUCAGGCUACACAGACGCUCUACGAUAGGGAGGCUGCGCGCGGUGUUUCGGAAAAUGAGGAGGUAUUUGCUGCGGAGGAGGAGCUCCCAGGAACAUCGAAGCCGCAGUGGGCGGGAGAGCACCAAGUACGAAAGCCAAGGUACUUCAACCGAGUUCAAAUGGGCUACGAGUGGAACAAGUACAACCAGACGCACUAUGACCACGACAAUCCGCCACCCAAGGUCGUGCAGGGUUACAAGUUCAACAUUUUCUACCCGGAACUCAUCGACAAGACCAAGGCGCCUACAUUCAAGAUUAUUCGCGAGCACGGGAGGCGGCGGGGCGAGUCCUUUGCGGCCGCAGGCGAGGAGGACACCUGCUUGAUUCGCUUCAUUGCGGGACCUCCCUACGAAGACCUGGCGUUUCGCAUUGUGGACCGUGAGUGGGAUUACAGCGCUAAGAGAGACCGGGGAUUCAAGAGCUCUUUCGACAAGGGCAUCCUACAGCUGCAUUUUCAGUUCAAAAAGAUCUUCUACCGAAAAUAA